AGUACGUUCUCAUUUGCAGGUAAUUUGAAUCCAUUUUACUGUAUGUAUUUUGGCUUGUGAUAAUUACUUUUCCAUCAAUGGUCCAGUUUUAGAGACUAUAUAUAUCACGAUUAUGGAAAGAGUAUCUCACAUUCUCACAUUAUGAAAGGAACUUCUCAAACACUUCCUUACACCAUAAGGUUCGUUGGUCUACUUGGUAGUCAUUCUCUUGGUAUAAAUCCAAAGUUUAUGGCUAUUGCAGUAGAUUUAGGAAGAGAAUUGAUAAGGCGAAGAAUUAGUCUUGCUUAUGGAGGAGGCAACGUUGGCCUACAAGGAGCUGUUGCUUCAAUAGUCUUCAACAAUGGUGGUCUCGUUAGAGGUUUCAUUCCUGGGUACAUAGCAACACGACGGGUCUACGGACCUACAUAUGGCGUAGAGCACACAGUUUCCAGCAAUUACUACAAAUAUUUUGAGAUGAAUCAUGCUGUGGAAGCUUUCAUUGUUCUUCCCGGAGGAGUUGACACCAUGGAAGGUUUGUUCACCUUGAUCUCGUGGGCUUCUGAAGGGUUACACAAUAGACCCAUUGGUCUUUUAAACAUUGACGGUUAUUUCAAUAACCUUCUCAAAUUCUUAGACGAUGCGGUGAGGCAGAACUUCAUGGCUUCCAGUCAGAGGAUACUUUUUAUUUCUUCUUUCUCUGUUGACGAGCUUUUAGACAAACUAGAGUUUGCUAAAGCUUUCCCGGGACCUGGGAACAAGAUUGAGGUCAAAGAGCUUGUGUGCACCCACUGUGGGAAAACAGGACAUGAGGUCGAGGCAUGCUACAAGCUGAUUGGGUACCCUGAAGGUGAAACAUUGGAUGCAAAUGGAUCGAGUAGCUCCACUUCCAUUGAUCACUUUGAUGAUGAUGAUGAAGUCCCUGAGGAAGAGCAGCUGGACCGUCUCAUGAGGAACGGUCAACCGGAAGAAGGAGAUAAUGCAGCUGAGCUACAGGCGGUCGAUCAGGUGGACCGUUUUGUGAACCACGGUCGACCGUCAUCGAGGCAGAAAGAUGGAUCCCUGGGAGACCAACCAAUGGUCGACGCGGUGGACCGUUCUGAGAGACACGGUCAACCGUUCCACGAGCAGAGAGACGGACUCCAGGGAGAUAAAGACACGGUCAACCGUGAUGAGAACAACGGUCGACCGUCCUCGAGGCAGAAAGGAGGCAGUGAGGAACUGUCACAGACGGUCGACCCCGUGGACCAUUCCACGAAUGGCGGUCGAUCGUCCUCUUCCCAGCAAGCAACAGAGGUCUUAGGGCGUGGCCAACGGGAGAGACGACCAAAUCACAUAAAAAAUGGAAAGCCAACAAGGGAAAAUGGAAAGCCAACAAGGGGUGUGAUGAAGACAUUGGCAGCAAGACACAACAUAAGCUCAAAAACUAUGCAAAGGCUAUGGGACUCUGCAAAGAAACAAAUUCAAAAUGGAAAGGCCAUCUCAAUACCAAACGAGAUGAAAGGUAAAGCAUAUGGAAGAGAGAAGAUUAACAUAUCAGUGGAAGAGGCCUCAGCUGUAUCCCCAAGUAAAAGACGAACUAUCAUAGCAUUGGCAAAGGCUAUUUCGAGGUCAAAAAGCAUUGUGCACAGAAUGGUCACACGUGGAAAUAUAAAGGCUCACACAAAUGCCAUUAAGCCUUGUCAGAAGAAAAUAAGGAGACGUAGCAGAAACAGACCCAGGGGUACCUUAGUUACCAAGCCUGUGCUCUCAGUGAACAAAGAGGUGUACAAGUCAUUUUUAAUCAACAAAGUAUUGGUUGCAAUAAAGGAAAAGUGGCCAAUCAAUGGGUGUAAGAGAAUCUGCAUCCAGCAAGAUAAUGCUAGACCUCAUCUAACAUGUGAUGAUCCUGAUUUUCUAGCAGCAUCCAAGUCUCAUGGGUUUGACAUUGAGCUAACAUGCCAACCACCAAAUAGUAAAGACCUAAAUCUUCUGGACUUGGGGUACUUUAGGGAUAUUCAAGCUCUGCAGCAAGAAAAGAAGUGCAAAACAAUUGAUGACCUAGUUGAAGCAGUGAUGAAAUCUUACUAUGAGUUUGAUCCACAAUUAUCAAACUUUGUGUGGCUAAGCUUACAAUACUGGGAUACAAUACACAUAGUCAAAGUUUCUCUGAUCGAGGUUCGUCGCCUAGCGGACGUCAUCCCUGUUAUGCAUUGUCCCUUUCAUCCCGUCGCUGUCGCGCAGUCAACAUGGCCGGUCGCUAUCCGGCAGUCGCUAUCACGGUCCCCAGCCGAGCUCGCUACCCGAGCCGAACCCAUAGGGCAAGCCGAGUUCAUGGGCCGAGCAGAGAAGAUCCUCCAUGUGGCUGAUGGGUCCCGGAUGACGUGUCUUUUGGGGUCGUCCUCCAUCAUAAGCCCCCCACUCUCCGGGUUUCGUUGCAGUCAGCGAUGGGACACGGGAGAGUAUGGGCACUUCUUUCGUCGGUCCGCGUCCGAAUGCGACGUCGAGGGUUCCGUCACAUGCUCCGCUCAUGAAAGCGACUCCCGCUCGGCCUCCGUUGAGGAGAUAGUCGAGGCGGUUGAGAUCCCUCUUCAGUCCGAGCCUCGCAAGCAGAGGCGCACUGCCCUGGAGGACUCGGGGAUCCGAGCGUGGAAAUGCACCCUCACGGCUGAGGAAUUUUGCAAGGCGAAGCGCUUGGCCUCGGCGCCGGGUGUGACCGUGCGCCGUCCCACCCCCGAGCAGUCAGUCUUUGAUGCUCCUUCGGGUUUCUUCGCUAUUCACCUCAAAUCCCUCGAGUACGAGUUUCGUUUCCCCCUCCAUCAGUUGGUCAUAGACUUUUUCCAACAUUUCGAUCUUCUCCCUUGCCAAGUCGUGCCCAAAUCCCAUCGUUACUUGGCCGGGUUCCUUAUCCGUUGCCAAGGGACCAGGGUUCGCCCCGAUCUGGCUCGCUUCCUGUUGCUCUUCCGGUUGGCGAAGUCAUCUGGUCGGGCCAACUCCGACUCGGGCUCGUACGCCUCUAUCUUCCAGAGGCAGGAGAGGCUUUUCAAGACGAGGAAGGACUCCGCUAAGAGUUGGAAGGGGAAGUUCAUCUUCGUUUCUCUCUCCUCGGGCUCCCCUUUUUGUAAAGAACCCCUCAGUUCCUUUCGACGCUGCUCCGCGUGUGUCACCUCGGACAAGAUGCUCGAAGACGUAGAGACGCUCUGUCAAGGGGGGCCCUUCGAAGUCGGCUCGGUGGUGACGAAUGAGGCGCUAGCGGCACUCGGCUUCGUCUUCCUAUCCCCAGAGGACACCCAGAGGAGCAUCGAAGAAGGCCCCUCAGGUGAAAUCAUGCUUUCCAGCGCCGAGCAGAUGAAGCUCAUGUUCCCGGACGCUCCGAGCGGCAACUCCCAGGCUCCUCCCUCGGGCGGCCGUCCCCCGACUCCCCCCGUGAAGCCGACAUCCGAGACGACACAGAAGAAGAAGAGGAAGGAAACGGCCUCGGCCGCCGACGCUUUGCAGGGGUCAGAGUCCCCCAUGAUGAAGGACUUUGGCCAUCCCAAAUAUGUCAAGGCGGCCUUCCCCGCUCGGGUCUCCUUCCUAGACCGGGAUUACGACCCGGAGACCUUCCUGCGCAGCUUUACUCCUCCAACCGAUCGUGCCAAGCUAAAAGAUGUCGACCGGGUGACUCUGGCCUCAGAUACCUUCCAUGAGCUGGGCUCGGCGAUGAUGCGCAUGGUCGACAUGAGUCAGCGGCUGCGCGCCAGUGAGGACGACCGGAGUAGGGCUUAUGUUGAGAUAGCGGACCUCAAUGAGGCCUUGAAGGCGGCCAAGGAACAAGCUCGCCAGGCCGAGGAGCGGGCUCAGCAACUCGCGGAGGAGGCUGCUCGCAAGGCGCGCCAGGAGGCUCGCGAUCAAGCCGUUGCCGAGUUCCUAGCAUCGGAUGCAUUUCAGGAGGAAGCCUUCACUCGCAUGAAUGAUUUGCUCAAGGCAUGGGGGCAGACUCCUGAGGGCAAGGCAUUCGCCCGCUCCGAAGGAACGUCGUGGUACAACCUCGGUCUGUUCCGAGCGCAGCAAGUCCUCUCGGAUAGGUUCCUCGCCGGGGAGGACUUCCCCGAGCCAUGCGACAAUCCUGAUGAGCUCGACACUUCAAUCUACUACCCGAAUGGCGGGAACUCAGCCGGCGAGCAGCCAAGUGCCAAUCUUUUUCGCUUUUCGCCAUUAGCCUUAAGGGCUACACUCGGCUCUUCCCCUGAGGGGGAGUGCCGAACACGAAGGUUAGACCUUCGUGGCGGCGGUGGUGGAACGUAUGCACCAGCCAAUUGCUGUAGGAAGUUCAUGAAGUUAACCGCGAGCUGCGGCUGGUUGAUAGGAACGACUCCCGGAACAGGGCCCACGCUUGGGGCUGCCUGCUCUGGGGCCUGUUGCGGUGUGAAGCUUGACGCUUCCGUGUGGACGCUCACGUGCUCAGGCUCUCCAUGUGGGACAUCCUGUCCGUCGUUGCCUGCUGCUUGGCUCAUUUUCUAUAGGAAUAGCUUAAAUCAGAACCGGUUAUAAUAUGACAUACAUGUGAUCUAGAUAACGGUGUACCUUUCCCUAGGAGUGAUGCGAUGGGAGAUGCGGCUGUGGACUUUUUGAAUAUACUCUUUGACCAAGAUGACAAAAUAUGUUUUUUUUGUUUUUUUUCACAAAAUCGAACUGCUCUGAUACCAAAUUGUAACACCCGCCUUCCGUGGACCCAGUUCACCGCGACCCAACGGACCUGUAGGGUUACAUGGGCGGUCCGAGAACCGUCCGUAGAGAAAAACGCAUUAAUGACUAUUUAUUAUGAAAACGGUUGUGUUUUAAUUAGUGAAAUAAGUGCUAGGGAAUUAG